CAGUAAGUGCUGCUAGCGCUUCCUUGUCCAAGCUGUCACAUGACUACAGUGAAGUCAGGCUCGGAAUGGCCAGAAGCAUCUGUACCCUGUCCCUAAAUUUACUAAUGGCAGUGUUAUCCAGGUAGCAUGGCAGGCUGAGCUUGUAAGAACUAUGGCGCUCCAAGCUCCUCGCACAUCGGUGUUCACCUUCCAGUCUGCAGUGCACAGCGCCCACGUUCUGCAGUGUCUGAAUGAGCAGAGACAGCAGGACGUCCUGUGUGAUGUGACGGUGGUGGUGGAAGACAGGAGUUUCCGUGCUCAUUGCUCUGUCUUGGCUUCUUGCAGUGAAUACUUUCACAGCAGGGUCACCAGUGUCACCAGCCAGAAUCCCAUCAUCACCUUGCCACAUGAGGUGACCGUAGAGGGGUUUGAACCUUUGCUUCAAUUUGCCUACACAUCAAAGCUCCUUUUUACCAAAGAAAACAUUGAUGCUAUUCACAGCAGUGCUGAGGUUUUAGGAUUUCACAACUUGGAGUCGACAUGCUUUGAUUUUCUCAUCCCAAAGUUUUGUGAAAGCAAAAAAUCCUCACAGGAGGUCAAGCAAAAAGUCUGUUGCCAGAGCCGGGAUCCUAGUGCAAGUUUUGGCUCUCGUGCAGAGAGUAGCCAACCAGAAUCAUGUGAGUCACACAGCUCAGUGCCUUCAGGAGGUGAUGAACAAAUAGACUUCCCGUCGCAGUGUCCACAGAGUGCACAAGGUCAGACAAACAGCAGGGAGGAACACUUCUGUUUGGAGAACUGUGGACCACAAAUGGCCCCCUUAUCUCUGGAGUUAACAGGAAAUGGCAUGUGCCCCAUGUUGUCUCUGCCUUGCCCAAACUCUGACAAAGCAGAUCAUCCGUCUCAGUUUUGUGAAAAAGACAUUUUAGAGAUGGGGGGCGUGUGCAGUCAAAGUGAGAUGAGUUUGGCAGACUGCGGCUUAUCUUGUGAGCUGUCAGCCUCGGGGGAUGUGAAUCCACCAGAACUCAUUGAUCCACCAGGCAGAGAAAUUAAACAAACUGUUGAGACACUUGGUGCAGAAACCAAUUGCAUCCCUAGCUCAUGUCCACUCGAGACUUCAGGGGCAGAAGAUUGCAGUACUUUAAUAAAACAGAGUGAGGCUCACCUUGAACAGGGAAUGACAGGUGAUCUUUCAAACUCUGCACUGACUACUCUAAGCCAUGAAGAAGGAUAUGGCGACAGAAGUCGCGUGGAGAGGGAGGUGGCUGAACAUCUGGCAAAAGGAUUCUGGUCCGACCUCUGCCCGUCUCAGGCUCAGCCACUUCCUGUGGAUCCAGUGGAACAAAAUAAUCUAGCAAAAGCAUCUGACUUUCACUGGCUUAAGCAGCUGGACCUGAGUGCCAGUGUAGGAGACUGUCCCUUUCUCAGGGACCUUGGAACAGGUGAUGAUGCAGCUACACACACUGACAGCUUGUCUCAGGCAGAGAAGAGCCCUUGUAUGUCCUCCUCAAUAAACUCUGCUGAUGACUCAGACCUGGACACAGAUGGCGAUACUGAGGCCAACAACAAAAGAGCAGAAGAGGUUCAGCUUCCAUUCCCAGUGCAGCAAAUCUCAGUGCUGAGCCGGAGUGAAUUUCAGCAGCUUCUGAAAAAACAUUCAUUGACCCAGGAGCAGCUGGACUUCGUCCAUGACGUCCGUAGACGAAGUAAAAACCGUGUGGCUGCACAGCGGUGCCGGAAGAGAAAACUGGACAGCAUAUACCAGCUAGAAUGUGAAAUCAAAGGAUUAAAAAGUGAGAAACAGCGGCUGCUCCAGGAGCAAACAGAACUGAAGCAAAACCUUGAGGACAUGCAGCAGAGCCUUUGUGGCCUGUGUAAAAGUGUUGAAUCUUGCUCUGAUCAGGACCAGUUACAGAUUCUUUCCAGAUUCGCCUCGCAAGAUAUUCCCAUCCCUUCUCCCAACAUUGUUCCAGCAAUUGAAUUGGUAAGUUCAGAGUGUGAGCAGAGCGGGCAAACUGUACAAACAGUUCAAGUCGCUGAGCUGCAGGCCGGCACAGAGGACACGGGCUGCCCUGUUCCUACAUCUCUGCUCAGUGCCUGUCUGGAUAUGAACAGCAGCUUAUAGUAACUGGACUUAAACUACACGGUCACUUGUAAUCAUGCAGGCCCACAGGUCAAAGGGUGAAACUUGGUUCUAUAUUGUAAUCCUCUUUUGGGAUAGACAUGCUUUCCUGUGUGUUUCACUAAAUAAUUGUCUGCCUGGUAGAGGCAACUAUCAUGUCAGGCGUUUUCUUUGCUGUACUUCUAGUCUUCAUUUUACUGUAGCAAAAAAAUUAACCAGUAUUCAUUGUUUUAAAGGUGCAGGCAAUUUUCAGGUAGUUCCUAAAAGUUUCCAUUUGAAAAUUAGGAGGAUAAAAGUAGGUUUGCUUUUCUCAGGGAAGCUCAUAACCUGACUGUAUUUUGAAUCAUGCUGCGCACCCAAACAGGUAUGAAAAAGAUGUUUUAUUUUACGCUAAUUAGUCUGUUGUUUUAAUCUUAACACAUACUGUAUUAAUAUUUACAACUAUGCUAUUUCUUUGAUUAAAUAGGCAUAGAACUAAUUGAGUCUUUUCCAGUAGACUAACAAAUUUACACAGCUAACCUAACUUUUCAACAGCAUUAUUUGAAUACUAAUGUAUUUUAAACUCUAUUAGGUCUAAAAGUGUUACAAGGGAACAUAAGAAGUUAUUUCAUUUUAUGCAAAAUGUGCCUUAUGCAAUUGUGUAAUAUGGAUUCAAAAAGAUGAGGGCAUCUUUGUAUAUGCUUGGUUCAAGCACUAUUGCACAUUAACCCAGAGCUAAUAUUGAUGGCAUUGUGUUACAUGUUAUUUUGUCUGCAUGUUUAGUAUUUUUAUUAAAUGCUUUUAUGGAUUACAAAUUUAAA